AUGACUCUGAACAGCACAGGUCUUCUUGGAGGACUUCUCAUUGUGAAAACCCUCACCGGUGAAUCAAUUGAAGUUCUAGAUGAACCCAAAACUAAUAGAACCACAGAUAUCAUAGACGUGAAGAUAGUACAAGUCGCAUUCUGUGUUCUCUACGCGAUAAUAUUUGUCCUCGGAGUUUUCGGCAAUGUCCUCGUUUGCUACGUGGUGUUCAGAAAUAAAGCUAUGCAAACAGUUACUAAUCUCUUCAUAACAAACUUGGCGUUAUCAGACAUCCUACUGUGUAUAUUCGCAGUACCUCUUACGCCUAUGUAUACAUUCCUCGGGCGGUGGGUGUUCGGAAGAUUGUUAUGUCAUCUAAUGCCAUACGCCCAAGGGACCAGCGUUUACAUAUCCACACUCACCCUCACCUCAAUAGCUAUAGAUAGAUUCUUUGUAAUUAUCUAUCCGUUUCAUCCGCGUAUGAAACUUAAUACGUGCAUUUUCAUCAUCAUAUUCAUAUGGGUUUUCUCGUUAGUUGUCACGUGCCCGUAUGGUUUGUUCAUGGGAAUUCAAAUAACGAACAACAAAACGUACUGCGAGGAGAGUUGGCCAUCGGAUAGGUCAAGAAAGAUAUUUGGAGUGUUCACAACUGUGCUACAGUUUCUUAUUCCAUUUUUAGUAAUAGCUAUAUGUUAUACAUGUGUUAGUAUACGAUUGAACGACCGUGCACGGUCCAAGCCUGGUGCUAAGAACACAAGGAGAGAAGAGGCAGAUAGGGAUAGAAAGAGACGAACGAAUAGAAUGUUGAUCUCGAUGGUUGCGAUAUUUGGUAUAUCGUGGCUUCCUAUAAAUUUAAUUAAUAUCUUCAACGACUUCUAUGCUCAAAUGACCGAGUGGAAUUAUUACUAUGUCUCUUUCUUCCUCGCUCACUCAAUGGCGAUGGCGUCAACAUGCUACAAUCCAUUUUUGUACGCAUGGUUGAAUGAUAAUUUCAGAAAGGAGUUCAAGCAAGUGUUGCCCUUCUUCGAAGCAACGGGUGGGGUGAGGAAUAGCUAUCACUCUGGACGAAUGCCCACGCAUAAGGCAGAUAAAAUCUGCAACGGUAAUGAAACCAUUCAGGAGACAUUGCUAGCUUCUUCUUUUAAUAGAGGACCAUCAAUAAAACAGAGGAUAUUAGAAGGGAAUGGCAAAAAAGAUAGUAUGGAGAUGGAAAAUAUCCUCUUAGAAGAUAAAACGUUUCACACAAAGAAUGAUAACUUAAACUUGCAACUGAUUGAUGAAGAAUCACAAUUCAAUGAACCGAAGGAAACUAUUUUGUAA